UUUCAUAAUUACAAAUUAUAGUUGGAAUUCGUAUAGAUAUAAUCACGCUCUUUGUUGAAAAGUUAUGUGCUUAGAGUGAGAAAAACAGACUCGCGACAGGUGGCGCGUAUCACCCUUGCGCCUUUCGGAAAGGGACGCAUGGGUACCGCCAUUUUGACGCUGUUCCCGGGCGAAAUCAUCAAUUACCCAUACCCCUCUAGGAAGUAUUGCUUACUGGCAUGAUCAUUAUGUGUUUUUGUUGUGGUUUUUGUGAGUUUUUUCAUUGUAUGGACCAAUAUGUGAUAAGUGGACACGGCCGAACGGCCGCUGGAUUAACUAUUCUUUAACCUUAAGUCACUUACAAUGUUAUAAGUGUGAUCAGAUAGGUGAAAAGGACCUAAUUUCUUCAUCGAGAAUUUAUGCAGAAGAAGCGGUCAUUCUUCUCUGUGUGGCCGGGAUCCUCCCGACGGAGUGGAAUUCCCCCCUCGAAUAACGAGGAUUUACCCAAUCUUGACAGCGUUUCGGCGUUUUCUGCUGCUGAUAUUGAUGUCGCGCUGCCGUAACGACCUCAGCGCGGUGGGCUAAGUGCUUACCUUACUGGGCUUUAGUGUACGCGUGCUUGUUCCAUCAUCCAAGAUGGCCAUUGAAUCGAACAAAGACGAUUUUGAAGAGGUGGCUUUGGAGUACGAGAAACAACGCCACAGUUUCAUAGCUGAAUUGCGCCGAUUUAACGGGGGUAGAAGUACCCCAUUUGACCGGCUUCCAGAACUGGGAGGUCAGGAGGUGGACCUGUACUAUCUGUACCAGAAGGUGACAAGUCUGGGAGGCUGGCAAAAGGUGAACAAUGAACAGCUGUGGGAAGACUUCCAGGAAGAGUUUGGACUUCCCCGUGCUUGUGUCAAUAGUGCUCAAGUGUUGAAGCACAUUUACUUCAGAUAUUUAAACCUGUAUGAAAAAGUUCACUUUUUGGGGGAAGAUGCUGAUGUGAGAAACAAUGAGGAGGAGGAUGGCCCUGCCAGGAAAAAGAUCUGUUUACCCAUAGAGAGUAUUCCUUUGAGCUACAACUACAACCAACACAGACUAUCAGAUGCGUUGCGCCAACAAUACAACCUGUCGAUGGAGAAGUGUGAGCGGUCACCCUACCAGAAGUUGGAGAUGUCUCUGCGCUCGGGACUGCCCAACGAAGUGGACAUGGCCCUCAACGUGUGCGUCCUGCUGUCCACGGAGGGCAAGCACGUCAUGAAAUUGGCCAACACCUCACACAUGUUGCGCCUACUCAUGGCACAUGUAGGCAUCUUUGAAAAUGCCUCCAGUGAUCUGCAGGAUCUUUUCCAGUACAGCUGGUCUAAGAACUCGGAGAGAAAUUUCCUCAGGUUCUGGUACGAGACGGUUGAGAAAGAGGAGAUUAAGCCACUCAUAACCUUCAGAGGUCGUCGCUAUGUUCAAAAAGAGCUCGUGGGCAGCGAAGUGCUCAAUGUUGGCCGGGAUCUAGGCACGCUGGAUUCUGAGGGCCAGCGAGUAUUACAGCUUGCAGUGUUCAUUCACAACUUGUCCUUUGAGGAAGUGAAUCAGAAGAUUCUGGCUAGCAGUGCCAUGGUUUUCAAGUUUCUGAUACUAAGUCUGUACAGUACAUAUGAUGGCUUACGUCAGCUGGCCCUGGACACUGUGGCUAACCUGUCGUGUGAGUUGGAUCUGAAUGCUGUGGAAGGUGUCAGUUGUCCCCUGAUCGUGGAUUUGUUGAACAACGCACUAUUCUCAGAAGACAGGUUCCUGCUUGUGCGAGGUCUGGAAAUUCUCAGCAAAGUCAGCCAGCUGGCGCGCAACGAGAGUGUGUUGGCGGAGAAGCUUCGGGAGGACACCUACGCUCGCCUGGUGGCACUGCUCACGGUGCAGGACAUCCAGCUGAUCGUGCACACGCUGGAGGCCUUGUACAAGCUCUCCAAGGUCGGCGAGCCCUUCACCUCUCGCAUCGCUAAAGUGCACAAAGCCAUAGAUACUUUAGUGAGCUUGAUCACGAUAGAGGCUCAGUCGUUUGGUCCCGGCUCCCUGGUGGGCAUCAAGGUUGUGGAGUACGUCCCUCCCGCGACCGCUGCUCAGGAGGACGGAGAGUCGGUGCGCAGGCCCACCACCGUCAUACAGCCCAUCAACCCAGACUCUGUCAAUAUCUACCAAGUGCCGUCCAGUGCGAAGAACCGUGUGGGGCUUGGGGAAGUACACGGUGCAGGAGAGCCUGGCGCCGGGGGUGAAAGUGGGAAGCCUGCGCCUCCGCCGCCGAAGGAGCCCAUCACAGACAUGCACGCCACCACCUCUAGCUGGUUGAACGCCACUUUUGAAGUGAAGAAGAAGAGCAAAGUGAAUCAAGUUGAACUUUUCUCAGACUACUUACAGUUUUGCCGGAAGUUUGCUCUGAACAAUCCCAUGUCUUCAGCAGAAUUUUUGCACUUGGUCAAUGCGUAACCCUGUUAGUGUGAAUGUAGGUCCUCAGCUGCCUCCCCCCCCGCCGGUCGAGCCUUUAGCUCACACGCCUACGCUCCGACAGCGCCUGCUGGAGCCGCCGCGUCUAUCUUUACAAACACCAAUUGUCCACGCAGGUGCCGCCUCUUCGUCCUCCUCUCCCAGCCCCCUCCCGGCCAGGGGCAAAAGUGGGGGGCCGGGUGGCACAGGGACUCAGCACCCUGGUGCUACCGGCACUCCAAGGUUUGCAGGAACACCCUACGCCAAAGUUGUCAAGUCCACGGGCAAAGCGUCCGUGGGGAUGGGUGGUCAGACGCCCGUGUCUGUGGUGAGGAAAGGCAUAUCCUCCAGCCUGGCCUCCAGACUCCAGACGAGUGAACAGCGUGGGGCCAGCCCCCUGCCACAGCACAGGCUGGCGACCUCCACCCCCACGGCACAGACUGGCUCAGGGCCCAGCAGCACGGUCCUGGCCAAUGUGUGCCACCAGCCGGCAGGCCACAGCGCGGCACAAACCUUCCCCUCGCUCACCCAUGCCCUGCAGGCUGAGCAGAAUGGCCCUGAUGGGGCGCCGUCGGUAAAGAGCCUGUUGGCCAAGAAACUGUCGCAGGCUGUCCCCGAUCAGGAGUCUGUCCUGGGCCUACCGGCCUCCUACCCGGCCACUUCUCACCUGGCCACGGACUCCCACAACCCGUUCAGCACGAUGAGUCCGCAGGCCCCAUCCUAUGAGCAAGUGACGGCCACCACGGUGAUGGCGCCACCCUCCAGCCUCCCGGCGGUGCUCAGCUCUAGUCAGGCUGGUCAGCAACACCACCACCACAUGGCUUCGUCCACCCAACAAAACCGUCCAAGUCCCACUGUCCCCUCAUCUGUACCCAAUGUGGCUCCCAUGUCGCACUCGCUAUCAAAACCCUGGCCCACGGCCGCCGUCCCCUCCUCCACAGCGCCACAAGCGGUGCACGCGGCAGGUUCUCUAGUGCUGCCAAACUCUCAGAAUUGCCAGCAGAGACGUGCUGUAGUUGCUCAAGGCACCCAGUCUGCCCACAUUGCACAGACGCUGGUCUCUACUGGCCCACGACCUUCUGCUCAUGUGACGGGUCAGCCCGGUGGGCUAGUGGUUCAAGGCAGUGGCACGGUGGUCACCAUGGCUCAGAGAACCUCGAGUGUACCUUCGACCUGUGUCCAGCAGCCAGUAGCACAGCAUACAGCCAUCCAACAGCAGCUGUUGGGACCAGCGCAGCAGCCACACCCACAGGCUAUGACCAACAGUGGCUCUGCUGGCAUUCCCCAGCAACAGCACCAACUCCAGCCCCAAAUACAACACCAGCCCCUGCAGACUGUGGCCACGGGGGUACAGCAGAGCCUGAGCUCUCCCCACACAGCGGCCCUCCUAGCCCAGUCUCAGCCCCAGAGCAGCGCGCCCGUACAGCAAACCGUCAGCUCUGCCGUGACCUCUGCCCUGCCCGGUGCCUUUGUGUCCCCCUCCCCUCCCUUGGCCGCGGCUGUGGGCGUGAAUCACAUGAUGAGAAAUCCGUCCAGCAUGCUAGUGGCCAACCACCAGCCGGGCUGCUCCCCGCACACCUCCAGCACGGUCACUGUUGUGUCGGGCAGCAGUUCCCUGCCGGGGGUGGCCUUGACCCAGUCUAUCUCCUCCCCGGCGGUGGCUGCGCUCCUCACCUCCACCACGCAGCAGCCCUCUCAGAUGAUUAUCUCUGCUCCGGUCAUCGCCAACCCUCCCAUGGUACAGCAGCGGCCGGCAACGGUAACUGGCCAGGUACCCACCACGCUGGUCAUUCAAACACCCCCUGGCACGAUUGUCAUGCAGCCUCGUCAGUUGUUGGUUCAGGGCAAUGGCACCACGACAUUCGGCUCCAUCCAGCAGACGGGCCAGGGAGGGACGGUCUCUUUCAUUGUCCCGCCACAGUAUCGUCAGAACUCCUCUGUGACAGUGCAGGGUUUGAACAUCAUCCAGCCGCAAGCCAAUGUGGGUGUGAUGCCAUCCAUCGCGCUGACCAAUGCCAGUGGUGGACAGUCCCAGGCCCAGAACAUCUUGCAGACCGCCCAGGUGCAACAAAACAUCCUCCAAGCUGCCCCCAGCACACCCCAGCCAGCUGUGGGCACAGCGCUCUCCAACCAGCUGGGGCCUCGCCAGAUUGUCCUCACUCGCAACCCUACCACGUUGCCAGUGGGCAUGCAGAUUUCCUCGGUGCAGGCGACCUAUGCGGGCAACGCCUCCAACUUGUGCAUUGCUCAAGCCCAGCAGCCGUCGAGCUACGUCAUCCAACCAUCCUCCAUCGUGUCAUCGAACUUGCCCCUGGCCUCGGGUUCCUUGACCCCCUCGAGCCACACAGUGGCGGUCAACAUUCCCCAAGGACAGCAACAAGCAAGUGUUCCACCCAGUGUGCAGCUGCUCCAGCAGCAAAGCUCAAACUGUGUAGAAUCUCAGUGUGUGGUCAGAUCUGAGCCCAGUUCUCUACACAACCAACAGAUGGGCCAACACCUCCCCUCCUCAGCUCUGGUCAGUGACGGUCAGAAACCGCAGCAGACCCUGGCCCAGCAAGCCAUCCUGGCAUCUCAGUGCAACGGUGUGAGCCAUGACACCAACGGCAUCCUGGGAUCACCAGAGUCUGUUUCCUCAGACUACCCUCCGUCCCCCGUGUCGUCGAGUGGGGUGGGCUCGGACCGCGAGUUCCCCAAUGGCAAACUGACAGACUCGGACAGAGACAUGUUCUUGAAGAAGACUGAUGUGGCCAAGUUUGUGGACAAAACUUGUAAAACGAACGGCUUUAUUCAUUCCUGGGACUCGAGUGUUCAGCAUGAGAAACAAGACGUCAAGGCUAGCUCAAACGGACCCACAGUCCAUGUGGCUGCUCAUAAUAUUCCUAUGUCUGCACAAUCAGGGGGUUUAGUCAACGGCUGUGUGGCCGACAACUCUCCCAAUUUUAGCACCCCCAACCAGCAGCAGCAUAAUGUGCAGGUGGUAAACGCCAACGGCAACGCCUCGGUGCACGCACAGCCCACUCCCACGCCCCAGCCCCAGCCUCAGCCGGUGGUCAGCCAGGUACAGCACAGGCAAGUCAUUGGCACACCGCAGCAGAUCCAGAAGCACCAACAACAGCAGCAGCAGCAACAGCAACAACAACAGCAGCAGCAGCAACAGAAGGCCUCCGCCUCACAGCUACCUCAGCCCCCAGCCACGGGUCCCAAACACAUCCAGGCAGGGGCCACAGGCUUCCUGCAGCACCACCAGAGCCACGCCCCCCAGCGACCCCGCAUCUCCACGCUGCCCUCGCCUGCCAACAUGGCCGCGCACAACUCCAAGGACACCAAUGGUCCGUUGCUGGAGCAGCGAGCCAAGCCCUCGCUGGUCCCAGGCCAGGGCACGCAGACCCAAACCUUCACACCCGCAGGGGCCAAGAAGAAACUUCCACUGAGAGGGGGUCGGGUCGAGGCCCCCACGCCUCCGGUGCAGGUGCAGGCGCAGGACAAGCUGGUGCUGAGGGCGCGGGUCAAGAGGAAAGGUGGGGAGGGUCCCAGUUCGACAGCUGGUCCCAGUGGUCCUGCGCAGCCGGUGCUGGAGUACAUGUGUGAGUGGGGAGCCUGUCGCAGGUGUUUCAACAGUGCCCGCCUGGUGUUCCUGCAUGUGUUCCGCCAACACUUGCCCAGCGCGGCGGAGAGCUCGUGCCAGUGGGCCGCUUGUGAGAAGCUGACACGCAAACGAUGGUCGCUGGUCUCGCACAUACAGGACCAGCACUGCUCGGAGAUGGCCAUGCGGACUGCCUGCCAGCGAAGGUUUGCCGUCCAACAACAACAACAGGGGAACACAUCUGUGCCCACCCCGCCCGCCCCUCCCCAGCCCAUGAUCUACCCCCCGGAUGCGGCCAUGCAGGCCAUCAGAAGGUUCUCCAUAAAGCCUCCCUACUCAGAGUUUGCUGAUCAAAGAGAGGGACCUGUCUCCAAACAUAUACGUUUGACCGCUGCCCUCAUCCUUAGGAACAUUUGCAAGUGCUCCUCUCACGGGAGAAGACUAAUCAAGCGCCAUGAACAAGAGCUGAGCUACAACACGAUGAACGCAGUGGAAGCCUCCACGGCCUUGUCUCACUGCCUCUGGGAGAUCAGCCAGUGCUGCGAACAGGCCCCUCCUGGCUACUGCAAGUCAUGAUGACCUGAGGGGGCCUGGACUGACCGGUUACUGCCCUCUCACAUUGGCCCUCACACAUUGGGGCAUUGGUGAAAAGCUGUGUGUUGACUAGUGUGUCCCCGCACCUAUAGGACGGGGAACUGUGCUGUCGCGCCUUGCUGCAGCUUUCCGAGUGUAAGUGUAGGGUCUGUGCAAGAAACGUUGACACGUGUAGCGUGUAGUGAAGUGUCUUGCCCCGGAGCCUGAGGUCACCAGCGCAACACAAGUCAUUGUGUGAGACACUGUUGCUUCCUGCAUACACACAUUCCAUUUCUAGCUGUGGCUGCUGUGCUCCGAAACAAAUGACCCUGAUGGCUCUGGUUUGAACUGCUUAACUUGUUGAUAUACAGAAUCAAAAGUGCAAAAAUGUUCUGAGUGGAAUCAGAUGUGUAUAGCGGAUCAAACUGAGAACCACACAGGAAUGACGCAGGGAUGUUUGACGGACUGUCAGUAAUUAGAUGUUGUGCCAGUAAGAUCGUAAAACCCUGUUGAACUGACCAUGUUAUGGGGGUGUGGGGAGGGGGGGAUUGUUUGUGUACUGCUGUUGAUGAGAUGGGAGUGAGCGCUACGGGUAACUAUGCUGUACCAGCCAGCAUCCCUUGUCCUGAGGGAGGGAGGGAGGGAGGGUUGGAGUGGGGGGAGGGGGUGCUGAGCUGUGUGCCACUGAGAAUUUGGGCAGAGAUGGACCUUGAUGAAGUGCGUGCUUGAUUUGUCUAUAAAAAGUGUGUGCUAGAUUUGUUUAUUGGAAGUAUGGGUUUGAUUUGUUUAUUGCAACCGUGUGCUUGAUUUGUUUAUUGGAAGGCAUGGUGUCUGUUGUCUCUGUAAAUUAAGUUUUUUUGUAUUUUGUGUGUUGUUUUUGGGUUUGUUUUUGUUGCCAUCUGAAAUGGUGUAAAUACAAAAGUUACCAGCUAGUGAAUGCAUUGCUCUUGUGGGUGAACAUUUUUUGUUAUGACAUAGUACAGUUUAACUGGUUGGGAUAUGGAGGAGGUUUUUGUAAGGACAUAUGAGGGUUCUGCUGAUUGGGAUGUGGAGCACAUGUGAAGACAUAUAGAGCCCGGCGGUUUGUUGUGCAUUAACCAUCUCAUGUGCCAUGAUAUUGAUGGGCCCAAAGCUCACUGGCUGUACAAACUUGCUGUGUGCUUGUAUUGACCGAACCUCUCCCUUUGCACCUCGCUUUUUCUACUUUGUAACUCGUCAUAGUUGCGUGAGUGGAUGGGUGGAAGGUGGACACUAUCUUAUGCUCUGAUGUUUUCAGGUUCCCAAGUGGCUCGCUCUGGUGUCUGCGGUGUAGAUGUAAGGCACUUCGCUGUCGCCCUCAGGAGACCGUAGUUUGGUUUCCGAGAGUGGAUACAAUUUUUAUUGAGUUUCUCAGUCUUUCUGCUGGGAUAUU